AUGCAAAUUCUCCGCAGUCGCCAGGAGUCUGAAACGCCCAGUUCGAGCGACUCACUACAUCCACCUGUUGCUCGCAGAAGCAGCAGUUUGACUUGUCCCAGCGGUGCAGAGCGACAGUGGAUGCGGAGCAUUUCAUUGCGUAAGACUUUGGCACAGCCCUAUAGCUAUUGGCUUGCCAAUAGGCAAACCCGAACCAUGCCCCAGAAGGACUAUUUAUUUCGUAGCUCUGUGCCAACUCAUGGCUUUCACUUCUUCUUCUCACACACCUGGAAGACGGACGGCAGAUGGAAGUGCUUGUCACUGCUCCUGCAAUUCGGCUGGCCUACCAUCUCGAUUUGCUGGGCAUGUGGGGUUAUCCUCGCCUUCGCCCUGUGCAUGCUAGAUGUUCUUCCUUUGUUCGAGCUUUGGCAGCCUAUUCCCAUCCACUUGGAUGGCGCCUUUCCUUCUGGUUGCUGGAUUCAGGUUUUUGGUUUGCUGGGGAUUCUCUCAGGAUGCCUCCUGUUUCCGCACCUGCCAUGCUACAAGCAGGACAAGUGCUUCCUGGACUUUGUCUGCAUCAAUCAGACAGAGAGCUCCAAAACGAGGGAAGGAAUCAUGUCAAUUUCAGCUUUCCUGGAAGCUUCCGAAGAAUUGCGUGUGCUGUGGAGCUCACCCCUGCUCUCAAGGUUAUGGUGUGUCUUCGAAAUCGCCGCAUAUCGCAAGCUGAAUCCAGAAGGAAAGAUCGUGAUAGCACCUGUGACCAAUGAGAUUUCCGCCUGCAUGCUAUUCUGUUGGUGGCAACUCUCCUCUCUUGCAUUCUGGAAGGCCAGGGCGGGCCCGGAAGGAGGCAGCCCCGAAGCAGUGCUGGUCGUACUCUUCGCGGUGUGUGGCAUUUUGAUGCCCGCGUCCGGCUACGCGAUAUGGCGAAACCACCGGGCCACUGUGAAGUUGAGAUCUGACCUCGCCAACUUCGAUGUGUUGAAGGUGAGUUGCAGCAGCGACUUCGAUAAAGAAUGCAUUCAUGAGGCCAUCGUCACGUGGUAUGGCAGCUUGGAGGCCUUCUCAUCACAUGUCUUGGAGUUAAUGCGCAUCUCUGGCAGCGUCUCGUAUCACUACAUUUUUUUGCCCAUCAGCCCGGUGGUCUGCCUCUCCCUGGAUAGCAUUCUGGCGGCCUGCAAGGCCCGUGCGCCUGCUCGCAUGGUGCUCAGCCUCUUCUUCAACCAGGUCGUGGCACUGGAGUUGUUGUACUUUCCAGCGGUAGGCAUCCUUUUCACCUGGAUUGCCAGGAGGGGCUUGUGGCUGGGGAAUUGCAGGUGCAAACCCCUAGCCUUGGAAAUCUUCUUCAUUCAAGUACUCAGCGUUUUUGCUUCAGUUGCAGGUGCCUCUAUGGGGGUGAUCGUUGCAGCCAGAAGCUUAGAAGUGACACUUUUAUGGAAUGUGUUCGCAAUAGUCUUUGCAGCCGUAGUAUGGCGCUUCUGCUGGCACGCGAAGUGA